GGUGCAGUCAGGUAAAAUAGUCAGAGCAACAGGUAUUCGUAAACAGUGCAUCACGCGCGGCGCGGACUCUCAGACUUCACCUGCCGUUAUCUGAGAGAAGUUCAAGUCGAGUCUACAACUAAUGCAUUCCAUUCCUCGUUCCAAUUUAGUCGAUGCCAUACAACUGCCCUCAUCGUAUGCGCUUGGCGAAUAGGUACGAAACCACAGUCAGGUUAAUUAGAAUUCAAGUUCCAAUAAGUGCCGACAACAUAGUGGUCUGCUUGUCAGGUCAUCCACUUUUUUCCCACCUCUUUUUCCACCUAGAGCGUCCGAUCCGAGCCGAAACCCACCGAAUAGACUUGUUAACGUGCCGGUCUGUCGAUUUUCCCCCAGUUCUUGGUUCCUCACGGCUGUAGGUAAUCGAAGCAAGUUCCUGUUUGCCAGAAACUGAGUCACCGGAGUAUCUGCAAUUUUAAUUAGAUAUCGCCUCAAAGUCAUGAAGAAUAGCAGGCUUCGCGAAGUGAUCCCUCAACUGCAGUGAAGUGUCUUAAUGAAGCGAAAAUACGUAUAGCGGCUUGUCUUCCUCGACCGUUGUGUACCCUCUCGUCCCUGGCAGAUAGCGGGCCGUUAACCGCCAGACUUAAGAGAUGGUCAUCGUUACUCGGGGCGAUUACAUUUGGAUCGAACCUAUCUCAGGAAGGGAAUUUGAUGUCGCCAUUGGAGCCCGUGUAGUAUCUGCAGAAGGCAGACGGAUUCAAGUAAAAGACGACGACAAUAAGGAGCAAUGGCUAACUCCAGAAAGACGUAUAAAAGCUAUGCACGCGACAUCGGUGCAGGGUGUGGAAGAUAUGAUCAGUUUGGGAGACCUCCAUGAAGCUGGAAUUUUGAGAAAUCUUCUUAUUCGUUACAAUGAGAAUCUCAUCUAUACAUACACCGGCUCCAUAUUGGUGGCAGUCAAUCCCUACCAAAUUUUGCCAAUUUACACAGCCGAACAAAUAAAACUUUAUAAGGAUCGGAAAAUUGGUGAAUUGCCACCGCACAUAUUUGCAAUAGGCGAUAAUAGUUAUGCCCAUAUGAAUCGGUAUGGGCAGGAUCAAUGUAUUGUAAUAAGUGGUGAAAGUGGAGCAGGAAAAACUGAAAGCACAAAAUUGAUUUUGCAAUAUCUAGCAGCCAUCAGUGGGAAGCAUUCGUGGAUAGAACAACAAAUUCUAGAAGCAAAUCCUAUUCUCGAAGCUUAUAGACCCAGCGUGGACGACAAUAAUGAUCGAGAGAACUUGGUUUUGACAAUACGCGACGUUUCGCCCGAUAAUAUGGAGGAUAAUCUGAGCACACCCUCGGACGCUAUAAACUCAAAUUCCGAGAAGGGAAGCAGUAUAACCUGCGAAGGUCGUGAUGAUGCUGCUGAAUUUGCAGACAUUAGAUCGGCAAUGAAAGUUUUACUCUUUACGGAUUCUGAAAUUUGGGAAAUUUUAAAACUACUAGCAGCUCUCCUUCAUAUAGGAAACGUUAAAUACAGAGCGACUGUUGUUGAUAAUUUAGACGCAACAGAAAUUCCUGAACAAACAAACGUGAAAAGGGUAGCUCAAUUAUUAGGCGUGCCUGUCCAGUCUUUGAUAGAUGCUCUUACUAGGCGGACAAUCUUCGCGCAUGGUGAGACAGUGGUAUCAACUCUCUCAAGAGAACAAUCUGUAGAUAUCCGAGAUGCUUUUGUCAAAGGUAUCUAUGGACGACUGUUUAUACACAUAGUAAAAAAAAUCAACGAAGCCAUUUUUAAGCCGAAAAAUACAUCGCGCAGUGCUAUCGGUGUACUGGACAUAUUUGGCUUCGAGAAUUUCAAUCAUAAUAGUUUUGAGCAGUUUUGUAUAAAUUAUGCGAACGAGAAUCUUCAACAAUUUUUCGUUCAGCACAUCUUUAAGUUGGAGCAAGAGGAAUACAAUCACGAAGGUAUCAAUUGGCAACAUAUUGAAUUUGUUGAUAACCAAGAUUCUCUGGACUUAAUAGCUAUCAAGCAACUAAAUAUAAUGGCUUUAAUCGACGAAGAAUCAAAAUUUCCUAAGGGAACGGACCAGACAAUGUUGGCGAAAAUUCACAAGACUCAUGGAACCCAUAGAAAUUAUCUUAAACCGAAGUCCGACAUAAACACCUCCUUUGGUUUAAAUCACUUUGCUGGGGUCGUAUUUUACGACACAAGGAGUUUUCUAGAAAAAAAUAGGGACACGUUUAGUGCAGAUUUACUACAACUAAUUCAUAUUUCUUCAAACAAAUUUCUUCAAGUUUGCUUUGUUGAUGACAUUGGUAUGGGUUCUGAAACUAGGAAAAGAGCUCCAACUUUGUCCACUCAAUUUAAGAAAUCUUUGGAUUCUUUGAUGAGGACCCUUUGUAGCUGUCAGCCAUUUUUCAUCAGAUGUAUUAAACCCAAUGAAUAUAAGAAGCCAAUGAUGUUCGAUAGAGGACUUUGUUGUCGACAACUGAGAUACUCAGGAAUGAUGGAAACCAUUAGAAUACGCAGAGCAGGCUACCCCAUUCGACAUGCUUUUUCAGAAUUUGUCGAGAGAUACCGAUUUCUCAUUCCGGGCAUACCUCCUGCGCAUAAGACUGACUGUCCCGGCGCAACCUCAAAAAUCUGCCAUGUCGUAUUAGGCAGGUCUGACUACCAACUGGGUCACACCAAAGUAUUUUUAAAAGAUGCGCACGAUCUUUUCUUAGAACAAGAACGCGAUAGAGUUCUUACCCGAAAAAUUUUAGUCCUUCAACGCAAUAUUCGCGGGUGGGUUUACAGAAGGAGAUUUUUGCGUAUGCGAGCAGCUGCCAUAAAUGUUCAAAAAUUCUGGAGGGCUUACGCUCAACGACGGAGAUACAAAAGCAUGCGAAUUGGCUACAUGCGUCUUCAAGCCCUUAUCAGAUCACGGGUGCUGUCUCACAGAUUUAGACAUCUUCGUGGACAUAUUGUGGCUCUACAAGCUCGGGCAAGAGGGCAGUUAGUGCGUAAGAUGUACCAAAAGAAAAUGCGGGCCAUUGUUAAAAUUCAAGCUAACGUUAGGAGGCUGAUCGCGCAGAGGAGGUACAAGAAAGUUAAAUAUGAAUACCGCCUCCAUAUCGAAGCCUUGAGACUCAGGAAAAAGGAGGAGAGAGAACUUAAGGAUCAAGGAAACAAGAGAGCUAAAGAAAUAGCAGAACAACAUUUUAGGGAAAGAAUGCAAGAACUAGAAAGAAAAGAAAUAGAGAUGGAGAUGGAAGAUCGACGCAGGAUGGAGAUCAAGAAAAACUUGAUUAAUGACGCAGCUAAAAAGCAAGACGAGCCAGUUGAUGAUAGUAAAUUAGUAGAAGCUAUGUUUGAUUUCUUGCCCGAUUCUAGUAGCGAAGCCCCAACUCUUGCAAGAGAAACUUCCGUAUUUAAUGAUCUUCCAGCCCCUAAAGCAGAUCAACAAGAAAUAAUCAGUCCUCUCCAAAUGGCUUCUGAGGACGAGGAAGAUCUUUCUGAAUUCAAGUUUCAGAAAUUCUCUGCUACUUACUUUCAGGGAAACAUCAAUCAUCAGUACUCUAGGAAGCCUCUAAAACAUCCUCUUCUUCCCUUACAAACCCAAGGCGAUCAACUAGCAGCGCAGGCACUGUGGAUAACAAUACUUAGAUUUACUGGUGAUUUACCAGAGCCUCGAUAUCAUACAAUGGACCGAGACAACACUUCCGUUAUGUCCAAAGUAACGGCAACAUUAGGACGCAAUUUCAUUAGGAGUAAAGAGUUCCAGGAAGCCCAAUUAAUGGGUGUUGAUCCGGAAACAUUUAUGAAACAGAAACCACGUUCCAUUCGGCAUAAACUUGUUUCUCUGACUCUGAAGCGCAAAAACAAAUUAGGAGAGGACGUAAGAAGAAGACUACAGGACGAUGAGUACACGGCAGACAGCUACCAAUCCUGGCUCGAGGCAAGACCAACCUCAAAUUUAGAGAAGCUCCAUUUCAUAAUUGGCCAUGGAAUUCUACGAGCAGAACUCCGGGACGAAAUUUAUUGCCAAAUAUGCAAGCAAUUAACUAACAAUCCAUCUAAAUCUUCACAUGCACGUGGUUGGAUUCUUCUUUCCCUGUGUGUAGGUUGCUUUGCACCUUCAGAGAGGUUUGUCCAUUAUCUCCGAGCUUUUAUAAGAGAAGGUCCACCUGGUUAUGCACCUUAUUGUGAGGAUAGAUUGAAGAGAACCUUCAACAAUGGAACAAGGAAUCAACCACCGAGUUGGCUCGAACUCCAAGCUACAAAAUCUAAGAAGCCCAUUAUGCUCCCUAUAACUUUCAUGGAUGGGAAUACCAAAACUCUACUGGCUGAUUCAGCAACCACUGCCCGAGAAUUGUGCAAUCAACUUUCAGACAAAAUUUCUUUAAGAGAUCAGUUUGGAUUUUCUCUCUACAUUGCUCUUUUUGACAAGGUUUCAUCUUUAGGAAGCGGAGGGGAUCACGUGAUGGACGCAAUAUCCCAGUGCGAACAGUACGCCAAAGAACAAGGCGCUCAAGAGAGAAACGCACCUUGGAGACUAUUCUUCAGGAAGGAAAUAUUUGCGCCCUGGCACGAGCCAACUGAGGAUCAAGUUGCAACGAAUUUAAUCUUUCAACAGGUUGUAAGGGGAGUUAAAUUUGGAGAGUAUCGUUGCGAUAAAGAAGAAGACCUUGCAAUGAUUGCCGCUCAGCAAUAUUACAUAGAAUAUAAUAUAGACAUGAGCGUAGAUAGAUUGUUCACACUCUUGCCAAACUACAUUCCGGAUUAUUGUCUAACCGGUGUCGAGAAAGCUCUCGAUAGGUGGGAGCAUCUAGUCUUACAGGCUUACAAGAAGAGUUACUAUGUAAAAGAAAAAGUAUCUGCUUUACGAGUUAAGGAGGACAUAGUAGGAUAUGCGAAAUUUAAGUGGCCCUUGCUUUUUUCUCGUUUCUACGAAGCUUACAGAAAUUCGGGGCCGAAUUUACCUAAGAACGACGUCAUCAUUGCAGUUAACUGGACUGGGGUAUACGUCGUCGAUGAUCAGGAACAAGUUCUUUUAGAAUUAUCUUUUCCUGAAAUUACAUCCGUAUCUAGUCAAAAAACCAACAAGAUAUUCACGCAAACCUUUUGUUUGUCAACGGUGCGGGGAGAAGAAUUCACGUUUCAAAGUCCUAACGCGGAGGACAUCCGCGACUUGGUAGUGUACUUUUUAGAAGGACUGAAGAAACGAAGCAAAUUUGUUAUAGCCUUGCAUGAUUACAAAGCACCAGGGGAAGGCUCCUCUUUCUUGAGCUUCCAGAAAGGAGAUUUAAUUACUUUGGAAGAUGAAAGUACUGGUGAGACUGUCCUCAACUCAGGUUGGUGCAUUGGUACUUGCGAAAAAACUGGAGAAAAAGGAGAUUUUCCAGCAGAAACGGUUUAUGUUCUGCCAUCCUUAACUAAACCGCCGAACGAUAUUUUGGCACUAUUUAGUAUAGACGGUUCUGAAAACGGUCGCAGAUUGUAUCCUCAACAAAUAAAUGGAGUCGAACCUCGUGACAAACCUCACACAUUGCUGGAGUAUUCAAUUGAUCAUUUCCGAACACCACCGAAAAAAUCUAUGUCAAAAGCGCUUACCUUAACAACAGCUCGACGUGGGCAUGCAGAAGAAUUAUGGCGCCACUCCAGAGAACAGAUAAAGCAACCAUUGCUGAAGAAAUUAGUGUCUAACGAAGAACUAGCAGAAGAAGCGUGCUACGCUUUCAGCUCGAUUUUAAAAUACAUGGGGGAUCUACCAACUAAAAGGCCUAGAAUUGGAAAUGAAUACACUGAUCAGAUCUUCGAUAGUCCUCUGAAAAAUGAAAUACUGCGAGAUGAAAUUUACUGUCAAAUAAUGAAACAGCUAACAGACAACCGAAAUAGACUGAGUGAAGAACGUGGAUGGGAACUGAUGUGGCUAGCUACAGGACUCUUCACGUGCAGUCAAAGCCUCUUAAAGGAAUUAACAUUAUUUUUGAGAACAAGACGGCAUCCCAUAUCUCAAGAUUCACUGCAAAGACUUCAGAAAACGUUGCGCAAUGGUCAAAGGAAGUACCCUCCUCAUCAAGUAGAGGUCGAGGCUAUUCAACAUAAAACUACACAAAUUUUCCACAAAGUUUACUUUCCGGAUGACACAGAUGAGGCAUUCGAAGUUGAUUCAUCAACGAGAGCUAAAGAUUUUUGUCAAAACAUCGCUCAAAGGCUUAGUCUUAGAUUCGCUGAAGGCUUCAGCCUGUUUGUAAAAAUUGCCGACAAAGUCAUUUCCGUCCCUGAAGGCGAUUUCUUCUUCGACUUCGUUCGACAUUUAACCGACUGGAUUAGAAAAGCUCGUCCAGUUAGAGAUGGAGUCGCGUCGCAAUUCACGUACCAGGUAUUCUUCAUGAAGAAGCUAUGGACAAACACAGUUCCGGGCAAAGACAGAAAUGCAGAUUUAAUAUUCCACUUUCAUCAAGAACUGCCUAAGUUACUUAGAGGGUAUCAUAAGUGUACUAAGGACGAGGCAUCGAGGUUGGCCGCCCUCGUUUAUCGAGUACGGUUUGGUGAAAGUAAACAAGAAUUACAAGCAAUUCCACAGAUGCUCCGUGAACUGAUACCAGCCGAUUUGGUGAAAGUACAAAGUGCAAAUGAUUGGAAACGAUCAAUAAUAGCUGCAUAUAAUCAGGAUGCUGGUAUGAGCCCAGAAGAAGCUAAACUAACAUUCUUGAAAAUUGUCUAUCGCUGGCCAACCUUUGGAUCAGCUUUUUUCGAAGUUAAGCAAAGUACAGAACCGAAUUAUCCAGAAUUAUUGCUCAUUGCUAUCAAUAAACACGGAUUAAGUCUCAUUCAUCCACAAACGAAGGACAUACUAAUAACGCAUCCAUUCACCAGAAUUUCAAACUGGUCAUCUGGAAACACUUAUUUCCAUAUGACAAUAGGAAAUUUGGUGCGAGGUACUAAACUAUUAUGUGAAACCUCACUCGGUUACAAAAUGGAUGAUCUUUUAACCUCGUACAUAUCUUUAAUGCUUACAAACAUGAAUAAACAACGUACGAUACGAAUAAAGUAGCAGAGCUAAUGUUACAAAAGGUGUAAAGAAAAAUAAUGUUCAAAACGAGUCUCAUUCACUUGUCUCUUGUAGUUGACUUUUCAUUACUGAAAUAUGAAUCAGGUGAGAAUUCAGAAAAAAUACUGUUUCAUCAACUGUGGUGUUAUAAUGAGUAAUUAAUAUAAUUUGAAUGAUAGGAAAGAGUGACAGCGUACCUUGGAACCACGUAAAAGUAAUAAAAUUGUCUUGAUAUCAAACUUAUUUUUCAAAACAAAAGCAUUUGUAUGGUAUUUUUAUUGAUACAGAAUAAUUUUAUUGUAUUUCUUCUGUAAUUCAAAUAGCAUAAGACAGUUUUAUUGUUGAUACUUAGGAAAAAAGAACUGAUAGAAAGCAAGUCGGCUUGAAUUGCGUAUCUGUCAUUUGCAGAAUAAAAGAAUGAAAAUGUAAUCGGUUGGCCAUAUUUUUAAUCGGUUACCUGUGUGCGGUAAAAAUACGAUGCGCACAUAGCAAUUUUUAAUAAGCGUGAAUCUGCGUAUUUUAGAUUACCUCAGGUUAAGUUUAACUGAGUGGAAUAUGCAGAUUAAAAUUUUAAAGAAUUUAUUGUUUCGAAUGUGAAGUAUGAAGUUAUAAAUUUGUAUAGAACAAUGUUGAUUAAUCAAAAAUUAAAGAAAUUAAAAUUAAAUAAUAUUGUAAUAUGUUAUAAUUGAUGCAACAGUUUAUUGUUAAAUUCAAUGAUUAUUUAGUUGUAAUUCUCUUUUUACAAUGGUUUCAAUAUAUUAUCCUGUACAGAAAUUAUGAAAUUCACACUGAAUUAAGCUCCAGUGACAUUCAACUUAUUCAGUGCUCAUGUUAAUGGCUGCAGGGAGUCCACGUGUUAUAUAAGCUACAGAUUGUAACAUAUUCAUUUUUGUGUGAUCCAAAUAUGUGAAAAAAAUGUUCAAAAAAAUAAAAACAAAUGCCUGAAAAUAAAUAGUCUGUAAAUAAAAGUAGACUACAUGUAUGCCAGGAUUUUCUUAAAAGUUGCCCAUUGAACUAUUUUUAAUAAAUAAUUUUAAAUAUUUCAAUUAAAUUUGUUUUAUUUAAAUUAAUAAUUUUCUAUCGGAACUAUCGUUCCUCUAUCGUUUAAUACUGAUUCAUAAUCGCUACUGAAUGGGUCCGAGAAAAAAAUUACGUGGCCGAUUAAAAAAGUUGAUUUCUCAUUUCAAACUCACUCUAACCUGUGGGUAUCUGUAAUUCCAGUGAAAGAUACGCAAUUCAGAAAACCUCAAAACCCAUUCAAAUGCAAGUGAAUGGAUUUUUGUUUACUGGGUAUAAUAUUAAUAUGGUCUGAUGAAUUAUAUAAUAAAAUACUGGAAUAAAGCAUGAAUACGACAACUGAAUUUAGUAUAAUAUACGCGCAAUUUUGUACCGUAUUUAGACGCCUAUAAGACGCACACGAUUAUAAGCCGCAUUCCCAUUUUAGAAGCUCAAAAUAGUGAAAAAACGUUUAUAAGUUUCACACGCUUCUAAGCCGCUCCCUGAUUUCCAAGCUCCUAAAAACCAAAAAAUUUUGCGGAUUAUAUGCGUGUAAAUACAAUAUAUGAUUUUAUAUUUGUGAGUAAGAAUACUUCCAUAUAAUUGUAAAAUAUCUCGACACUUAAUGAAGGUUGUAUAUUCGUAAACAAAAAUGCAGAGCAUCUGCGUAAAAAAAGUAGACUUAUAAUUUUUAUCAAUUUUAUCAAUUGUAUACUGAGCAAGUUUCGAAUCCGUCCAAUGAUAUGUAAAGCUGUAAUUACUGUCAUGAAUUCUGAAAUACUGUUGUGAAUAAUAAAGCUAACCAUGCUCAUAGUACGCA